AUGGCUGCUACAACCACGAAACGCCCACAUCAGUCCACGCAUGCCCAUCACCCACAUUCCCACGGAACAGGCCCCACUCACGAGGCGUCAGUGGGAGAAAAAUUCUCAUUCUACUACGACUACCACACGCAUGUUUUGUCAGUAAGAUCUGGACAUACAUGUUACCUGUAUAAAACAAGUUCCCAGGAACAGAUGGACAUUCAUUCAUCACAUGGACUUCAUACAAUCGAGAAAAACGUAAUCGAUAUUAUCGACUCCAAUCCCACAAUGGUCUCCAUGACACACGAUGAAAUGGUUGCCAUGUAUGCAUCACUUGGACAUGUAUGUAACUCAAAGCGUUACACAAAUAUUUAUCAGAUCAACUAGUUGCAUCAUCAUAAAUUAGACUCCAGCCAUUUUUUGUAUAAAAUAAUUCACUAUAUUAAAGUUUGAACAAAU